UUCCAUUUAUCUCUCUCUUUUUGCUUUUCUUUCUCUUCCUCGAAACCCUAGCAAUCAAAAUUUUAUUAAAUACCACAAUCUUCAUUCAUUCGUCAAAUCAAAUCCCAAUCCCUUGAUUUUCUAUCACUUCCCCGAGAGAAUCUCACUUGUGUCCGGUAUUAUAGAGGGCAUGGGAAGGAUUCUCAGAGAAACUAACAGGCCCUCAUCGUCUUCCUCAUCGUCUGCUUCUAAUUCCACCACUACAUCGACUUCGGUUACGGAGACGGUGAAUGGGUCCCAUCAGUUUAAGAUCACAGGGUAUUCGUUGUCGAAAGGUUUAGGGAUCGGGAAAUAUAUUGCGUCGGAUACGUUUAAUGUAGGAGGUUAUUCGUGGGCGAUUUAUUUCUAUCCAGAUGGGAAGAGCGUUGAGGAUAAUGCGACUUAUGUAUCGCUGUUUAUAGCGUUGGCCAGUGAAGGGACCGAUGUAAGGGCGCUUUUCGAGCUGACGCUUUUGGAUCAGAGUGGGAAAGAGAGGCAUAAGGUUCAUAGUCAUUUUGGGAGAGCGCUUGAGAGUGGGCCUUACACGCUCAAAUAUCGCGGUAGCAUGUGGGGAUACAAGCGGUUUUUCAAAAGGACUCUUCUAGAGUCAUCAGACUACCUCAAAGAUGACUGCCUUCAAGUUCAUUGUAGUGUAGGUGUUGUUAAGUCAUGUACAGAAGGCCCUAAGACUUAUUCUAUAGCAGUUCCACCUUCCAACAUUGGCCAGCACUUUGGACAACUAUUGGAAAAUGGAAAGGGAACUGAUGUAAAUUUUGAAGUUGAUGGAGAAGUUUUUGCUGCCCACAAAUUAGUACUUGCCGCUCGAUCGCCUGUAUUCAGGGCCCAACUUUUUGGCCCAAUGAAGGAUCAAAACACCCAAUUAAUAAAAGUUGAAGACAUGGAAGCUCCAGUUUUUAAGGCAUUACUUCAUUUUAUAUACUGGGAUUCAUUACCUGACCUAGAGGAGCUUACUGGUUUAAACUCAAAGUGGGCUUCAACUUUGAUGUGUCAGCAUCUGCUUGCAGCAGCUGAUAGGUAUGCAUUGGACAGGCUUAGGCUGCUUUGUGAGGCCAAUCUGUGUGAGGAUGUGGCUAUAAACACAGUAGCGACUACACUAGCCUUGGCGGAGCAGCAUCAUUGUGUUCAGCUGAAGGCUGUGUGUCUCAAGUUUGUUGCAAUGCCUGAAAACCUGAGAGCUGUGAUGCAAACGGAUGGCUUUGAAUAUUUGAGGGAAAGCUGCCCCUCUGUCCUUACAGAACUCUUGGAAUAUGUGGCUAGAGUUAGUGAACACUCAGUUAUUAUAUGCAGACAUGGGAAUGAAGCUAUCCUUGAUGGCAGUGACCUGAAUGGGAGGCGAGUGAAGCAAAGGCUAUAGGGUAUGCAUCUUUGUAGCAACACAAACAUUUAAAGAAACAAGUUGUAGGAGUAGAAAAGAUUUUCUGCUUAGUUUGUAAGAAAUGUAAAACUUAGUUGCUGAUUCAGUGUCCAUUAUUGGCUUGCUAUGUAAAGGUUUCUUUCGCAGGCUGCAGUCUUUCCCCUUUCCUUGAAAUUUUUUCAUUUAUCACUUUUGCAUUUUUGUUGGAUGACUGGUCUGUUAUUGUUUCUCCUCAUUACUUGCUUAAAAAUACAUUGAAAUCAACCACUGAUGAUCACAGACAUUGCAUGUGCGA